GACGGCCAGUCUACCAUUCCAUAGGCUCCUCCCCUGUCCCUGCACCGGCCAAUGGAGCUAGCAGCUCCGGGCCAGGACGUUCCUGCCGGAGUUUGCAGUUGUGUAGUAGUCACGUUGGGAACCGAGGCUAUCCGUUUACAGUUUGAGGGGGGGUUAGAAAAAAAGAACAACAACAACGCGCACAACAACCCCCCCUCUAUCUACUAUGAUUUCUGCGCGGCCGCUGGAAACCUGAUCGGCUCCAUAGAGAAGGGGAGGACUUUAUUUUUGAAGAAAAGGGGGGAGCAAAAAAUGUCUUCCCCUACUUCCAACGGGAUAGGGAAUGCAAUAGAGAUCAAGCAGGAAAAUGCCCUGGAAAGCGGCGAGAGUGAGGUUGCGGCGGAGCUAAGCGCGUUGGAGCCUGCGCCCUUCUCUAUGGAGCAUGCUGGCCAAGUGGAGACCGAGUCCGGCAUCAAGAACGAACUUUUACCCGGCGGGGGCGCCCCAUAUACCCUGGCAUUCUCCCCGGAGCACGUCGCCUGCGUGUGCGAGGCUCUGCAGCAAGGUGGGGACCUGGACAGGCUGUCUCGCUUCCUGUGUUCGCUCCCCCACAGCGAGCUGCUACGUGGCAACGAGAGUAUCCUGAAAGCCCGGGCGCUCGUAACGUUCCACCAGGGCAGGUACUCCGAGCUCUUCCUGCUGCUGGAGAGCCACAACUUCCACCCGUCCAACCACGCCGCGCUGCAGGAGCUCUGGUACAAGGCGCGCUAUAUCGAAGCGGAGAAGGCCCGGGGGAGACCGCUGGGGGCGGUGGACAAAUACCGGCUGAGAAGGAAGUUUCCCCUGCCCCGCACCAUCUGGGACGGCGAGGAGACCGUCUACUGCUUCAAGGAGAAGUCCCGCAACGCGCUCAAAGAGCUCUACAAGCACAACCGCUACCCGUCCCCUGCCGCCAAGAGGAACCUGGCCAAGGUCACCGGGCUGUCCCUCACCCAGGUCAGCAACUGGUUCAAGAACAGACGCCAGCGCGACCGCAACCCUUCCGAAGCGCAGUCCAAGAGUGAAUCUGAUGGCAACCACAGCACUGAAGACGAAUCAAGCAAAGGCCAAGAUGACCUGUCUCCUCAUCCUCUCUCCAACUCCUCAGAUGGUGUUUCCAACAUAAAUCCAUUAGGUCCUGCUGAUGCAGUAUACAUGCAGCACAUUGGAAAUAAAAUAUCCUUAAGUCCUUCUGGUGUUUUGUUAAAUGGUAGCUUGGUACCUACAAAUACUUCACCUGUCUUCUUAAAUGGCAGCUCAUUUAUCCAGGGACCUAAUGGAGUACUUCUUAAUGGUUUAAAUGUAGCAAAUUCACAGACUUUGACCUUGAAUCCAUCAAAAUUGGCCUCAACAGUUGUAAGCAAUGGUGCAUCAAAUGCUGAUGUCUUGGUGUCUUCCACAGAAGAAAUUAAGGACUUCAAAGUUCCUCAGACUGGCCUGACUGAUUCCAACACAACUUACAGUGCAAAUUUACCACCAUCCUUUCCCGGAUUAAUACCUGCCACAGAAGUCAAAACUGAAACUCUACAGCCUGUAAGUUCUCAAGAUGGAGGAACUGUAGUCACUUUCACCACCCCCAUCCAAAUAAACCCAUAUGGCAUAGUUCAGAUCCCGAAUUCAGGAACAAAUGGUCAACUGAUCAAUGGAAGUAUAGGAUUUUCCACACUCCAGCUGCCUUCUGUUGCUGUUUCACAAGGUAAUCUCUCUGUCACUCCUGGUACUGAUGGGGGAAUAUUUACUAGCGAUACCACCUCAAGUGGAGAUCAGGGGAAAGUAUUUCUCAGCUCACUUCCACACAGCACAGUCGUGUACACAGUUCCGCAUUCUAUUAAACAGGAUGGACUGGAAAGAAGCCUUGUUUUUUCUCCGUUAAUGCCUGUCAAUCAAAGCACAGCACAAGUUAACAUUAGCAUGCCUUCAGAUGAUGCUCUGCACUCUGUUGCAGCAUCAUUAGUAAACGGAACUCACGCACAGAAUUUUUCACUUCCUCCAUCUACCUUAAUAACUACUUCUGCACAUCUUGCCUCUGUUGCAGGCAAUCAGUCUAUAGCUGUAAACCAGGCUAUUUCAGUCCCUGCAACUACGACAACUAGUGGGACUGCCACUAGCAAUUCUAACUUUACCCCUUUGCAAAAUUGUCACUACAUUGCCACCCAAGACCUCCUUUCUGUCUCUUCUGCACAAUCAACCCUUGGGGGGUCAGUUCUUUCAACCAGCAGUAAUACCAGCCACCCUGCUUCACAAGUCCAUCAGGAUUUCAGUAGCCAGCACAACCUGGUUCUGCAACCUCUGAAUGACACUAAAGAGAAUUAUUUGCCCAUAUCUCAGAACAGUACAAUAAGUGGCAGUGUCAUGUUGUUAGAUACAAAAUCAAAGUAUGUGGUCAGCAAUAUGGUCAAUAGUGGCUGCGAAGAACUUGAAACUGACAAAAAGGACCUGGCCAAGCUCCAGAAUGUUCAAAUGGAUGAAGAUAUGCAAGAUUUAUAAUUGGAGAAAUUCCAUUAAUUUUUGAUUGGUAUAAUAGCAAACUGCCACUUAGGUAUGAUUUGCUCGGAAUGUUGGGUUUUGGAAAGACAGCACUGCUUUUUUUCGUUUUCAGUUGAAUUCUUACCCUUUUCUGAAUUAUGGGUAUUAAAGGGAACACAACUUAAUGAACCUCGGUUUGUUGUAUGAACUAUCAGGGCAUGUUUAAAUAUAUCCCAUUCUUUUUUUUUAAAGAAUGGGAUAAAUGCUGGAAUUUGUAUCUUCAGUCCUCAUUUUUUAGAAAGGAAUGGUAUAUAUCACUUUGUUUAGUUUUGGGAGUGCCUCUUGGUUCACUCUCAUAGUUGUGUUUUUUGUCUUUUUGUUUUUUUUUUAAAUGAACUAAAAAUUUAAACGUUACAUUUCAGCAUUGAUUUCCCACUUACUCCUUACUAAGCAUUUUGUUGGCUAGAGACUGUUUUAAUUAAUGCUAGCUUUAAUGUAAAAAUGAAACUGUGGAAUGUCAAAUGAUUUACCUAAGGUAUUGUAUGCAAGCCUUUUAACCUUACCAGUGUGUACGAUUUAUGUACAAGACACUGAUUCUUCCACCCCCUUUAAAAGUUGCAAACCUGUAGAAAUACAAUUUCAGCACUAUCAUGCAUUACACACAUUAAAAACACUAUAUUAAACCUGCAAAGGUACAGGCAAAUGUAAUUCAACCUCAAAGUUAUUUAAUGAACGAACUAUCAGAUCUUAUAACUUUCCGCUUCUUAUUAUAAAUAAGGAAAUAUAGUUCAUGCUACACAGUUCCUUGGUGCCUUUUGGCCUAUUGGCCAUUAUUUGUAGAAAGCACAUUGUAAAGAAAAAUAGAGCUUAAGACUGUUUGUUUAUAGAUCUCUUCAUGUUAUGAAACCUUUGUAGUAUAAUUUCUAUUCACGGCAAUCCUGUCUUGAUGGUGUGGAUCCUAAUGUAGUAAUAUAAAGAAAUAUUUUGUUUUUUAUAACUAGGCACACAAUAGUGAGUUGGUCUGCUAACAGAAGGACAAUCAUACAUUCUAUGUAGAAUACAUUCUAAAUACCCAUGACUCUUAAUACUGUUUCCCCAACUUCAAACACUACAUUUAUCAGAAUUGUUUUGCACUAUUUUACCAUGUAAAAAUAGUUAUUACCAUUUCACUAUUGCAUGAAACCUGCCUUAAUCUAUAUAAUUAGAUACAAAAAUGCUAUUUAUAUUCAAGGCCUUUGCUUAUUAGAGUGGGAAACACAGUCAAGUUCUUUUUCUUCAGAUUCUUUUGUUUUGAAGAUCUCUUUAUCUACCAUCCUCUUUGGGUCUGUGUAUCUCUGUAGCUCAUGCAUUUUUGUAGGGUUGUGUUCAAAAAUAGUUUUUACAUCCUACAACUAGAAAUGGUAAAACAAUCUUUACCUGAAAUGUCUGCUUUGGUAAUGUUUAACUUUUUUUUUAGUAAAAAAAAAAAUACAAUGCAUGUCUAAUAUUGGAACUAUUAUUUUAAUAUGAAAGAAGAAAAAUCUUUUGCAUGUUCUAUUUAUUUUUCUUUUCCUUUUUAUGUUGCUUUUGUGCCUUAAAAAAUAUUGCAAAUCAUAAAAAUGCAUCUGCAGUGGUAAAGUAGGUUAAUGUUGUUAAAACCAUUUGCGGUAAAGGUACCAACCUCAUGUCAUACAGCAUUUCUUUGCAGUUACCUAACCAAAGAGGUAUCAUGUUUUUUUUGUUUUGUUUUGUUUUCAUUGUACUGUAAUAGGGAUUUAUGCCUGGACAAGUUUUAUUGUAUUCUGAAAUGAUGUGAACUUAUUUUUCUAAACACUAUACUGAAUAAACUUUUAUAUUUAUAA